AUGAACAUCUCACCCCGGUUUUGCCGGCCAAACGGCCCGAUUUCUUGGAUCGCCCAGCGAAAUUUGACGGCUAACGAGGCGUCCGUUGCGUUGAGACCCUUCUAUUUCCUCGUCCACCCCGAUCGCUUCGCCCAGCUGCCGAAAAUCAGGGAGCAAAAUGAAAAAUCACUACAGAUUUUCAACGGCUACUUGAACGAUCUGUACCCGCAUCAGCCGAGCUUGUCGAGCCAUCGGCCGAUUGAGGUAGCUUUUUCGAUCCAUAACAAGGUGACACGAGAGAUUGAGGACGUGAAGAUUAGUCUUUCUGGCACGGAUCCGAGGAAUAUUGUGGCACACGCGCUGGAGAGAUGUCGACUUCCGACUCGCGGUUUGCCAAGAGGUCGAACCCGAUCUCCACCUCGAUCGGCCCCGAAAACCCAUGGCGCCAACCCGAAUGACCUGAUGGCCAUGUACUUGAGACGCAAAAAGAAAGCCUCACCACCGAACGACAUCUUCUCGCGACUGAACGGGAAACGUGACCACGCGAUUCGGAUGAGCAAGGAAUACGAAAGCUCGAAAAUUACGAUGAAGGACGAUAUUGACGAGCUGAAGUACAGGACUGGGUUGAAGGAUGUGAUCUGGCAAAUCGAGUGGACCGAGGCGCACAUGAAGCGUUGUAUUCACGGUGUCCUUCGGAUGCUCAACCAAACGGAUCUGGAAGUGAAAGAGUUGAUUCAGAAUGCUCUCUACAAAAGCACUCUUAGAUUUGGCCGGGGCUCGUUUGUUUGCUGUGAUGGGAGCUUGCAAUUUGGUGCUGAUCAAGUUCCGGAAAUGUGGCAACAGGCUUGUGAAGAAGCCUCCGUCCGUCGCUCCCAGCUUCCAAACCUACACGCAAUGACAGCAAAACUUCGCGAACUCCUCCCUGGCGCCACCAUCCUCACGCCUCACCAUCGUGGCCUCGCCCAGACCACCCAGCAGAUGCAUACACUCAUCGUCAGAAUAGAGAACAAAGAACCGGCGGUGAAAUCGAAGCUCGGCAAGUACACUGAUGGAAAUGUGGUACAGGUAAUGACGUCCUACGACGAGCUAGCGGUCGGUGUCGACGGCCGCCUAUGUAUCCCAUGUAACGUCGACGUCUCUGCCCUCCUUGAAUUCUUACAACAAAGUGCUGGUGACGGAAAAUUGCUGCAAAAGCGGAUGCAGGAAGCUCGGCAAGAACUCGAAAAAGAAGCCGCACUUGUCGCCGGUGAGCUCGGGCUUCCGAUUUUGGACUGGGAGUCGAAUUUGCCGCUCGAUGCUGUGCUGAAGAGCGUCCGGAGGUUGCCGACGAUGGAUCAGCAGGCAAAAGACCUCAUCAAGGGGCUCCACGUCCGCCUCUCCACCAACACUACCGUCGCGAUUCAGGGUGACGGGAAGAUCUCGCUUCCUCUCGACUGGACA